AUGAAUAUGAGACUUUCAAAAGUUUUAGAUGACCGCUACGAAAUUCAAGAAGCUGUCUUCUUGCGCUGGGCUGAUUCUUUUUCACCUGGAACGGUGAAAGAUUUGUCAGAUGUUGUUGAUCCAAAAUUUCUUUUCCUUUUCGCGAAACUUAUCGUCGGCGAAACACUUACUAGUUCGGGCUCUCGAGCACAAGACAUCUUGAACACUCUUAGACUUAUUGAUGGUGAUGAACGAAUAAAUCAGGUAAAUAUCAACGAACUUAUUGACGGAAAUGCACGGACUAUUUGCUCUCUUAUUUGGCAACUUAUGCAAAUUUUUUGGAGAAGGUUUGCACCAGCUGAAAUUCGAGAUCAGAAAUUAACCGAAGGGCUUAAAAAUUGGUGCUUUGAGCGAGCUCAGCGUUUAGAAGUACUUAUUAAUGAUUUUAUCUCAUCAUGGCGAGAUGGUUACGCUCUAAACGCUAUUUUAUUAUCUUACAAUUCCGAACUAUUUGAUAUGGAUGAAAUACGAGACAUGCGAGCAGAAGAACGAAUAGAACACGCGAUGGGUCUAGCGGAGCGUCAUCUCAAUGUUCCACGUCUUUUACAUCCCAAAGAAUUUCACAGUGAACAUCUUGAUUCAAAAAGUGUUAUAUGCUACUUAAUGGUACUCUAUCUGUCAUUAACAAGGCAAGCUGUAUUACCUAAGCUUCAACCUGAGCUUCAUUCUCAGACGCAGCUUCAACCCCGACUUCAUUCUCCAGAACCUUUGGAACAUUCUACAAACCGUUCAACGUCAAGACCUCAGAAACCAACUAGUCAGAAUGUUGCUGUUAAGAGUGAUCACGAAAUGACAGCUGAUUUACUGAUUCCACUCUUAGAAACUUCCUAUGCUAAAUUGGAAUAUCCGAAACAUGCAAGUCCUGAAGAGGCUGUUAUGCGGUCGCCUUCAGUUGGAACAGCUAGGAGGCAUUCUCUGCCUCAUUUGGAAAUAGUAUAUUUUUUGGAGAGUACUGAAACUCCGUCACGUAAGUCAUCCACUUCAACACAAAAGUCAAGUAGACGACGAAGCAAAGCAAUGGAAGAGACUAUUGCAGAAUUUGAAGAAUGUUUAGAACAUGUAUUAUCUUGGUUGCUAGAAGCGGAAGAACAAGCGAACUGCAUGGAACCCAUUGAAAAGAAUGAUGUAGAGCAGGUGAAAAAGCAGUUCAAAGAACACGAAUCGUUCAUGCAGUCGUUGACCGAAAGUCAAGAUAGCGUAGGACGUGUACUUCACAGAGGUCAGACGUUAGUGCAAAAACUGGAGGAAGAACAAGCAACAACAAUUGUAUCGCAACUUUUAAUGGUAAAUUCACGUUGGGAACGUGUCAGGGAAGUUGCUAUGACGCGCCAGAAUGAGCUUCAACAUUGUUUAAAUUCACUACAAGUUAAACAGCUUGAAUCGAUUAGGGAAUGGUUGGAUAAAAUGGAAGAAUCGAUUCAUAAUGCUCCUCUGUUAACACUGAAUAGUGAUCAGGCUGAUCAGCUUGUAAAGGUUCAUGCGGAUAUUCAGAAAAGUAUUGAAAAUGAACAAAAAGUCGUUCAAGGUUUGUCAACAUUUGUUGCUGUAGUUGACGAAUCAGAUACGUACUUCUCAUACGAAAAUUUAGAAAAACUUUUGCAAUCAGUCGGGCAAAGGUGGAUGAAUGUUUGCGAGUGGGCUGAAAUGCGUGCGCUACAUUUGAAUGGCUUAUCAGAGUUAAUCACUGAGUAUAAAAGAGUUUAUGAAAAAAUUUGCGAAUGGCUUGAUCGUCGAGAAGAAGAUCUGACUGGUUUACAAUUGUCUCCUCAGCUAGAACAGGAGAAUGAAGUGAUCGAGCAAGUUUCUCGUCUUCAGAAAUUGGAAUCAAGCUUAGAAGAAGGUCAUCCUGACUUUCUAGCUUUGUCACAGCUAGCUGUUGAAUUAUUGGCUAAAAUUGAACAGUCUAAUGAAUCUGAAGCUAAUCAAAUUAGACAGCAAAUGGAAACAAUCACUAAACGAUGGGAUAUGAUUGUUGCGCACAUUGAUGAAUGCUCUCAUGUGUUAGUGAAGAGUGGAAAAGCUGAAGCUCGAGAAUUUAUACCACAAUAUGUCGAGCGAGAGUCUGAUUCGGGUGACAAUAUCAGUACAGAUGCAGUCGAAAUGUCUAAGCAUUCAACGUCAACAGUUCAAUUCACUUCUUACGAGACAGUGAUAUCAGAUCCGGCAACAUCUCCGUCAACGUGCCAAAUAAUUUCACCUGUGGAUAAAUUCAUAGCUAAUGUGAAACGAGUUAGCGAAGAACUGCAGCCAUUAGUUGAUUGGACAUAUCAGUUUAAGAUUACUCGAGAUCCUGAACAAGUGCGCAAUGUUAUCCAAAUUUGUCAGGCAAAAUUAGGAGAGAUAAAAGAAAAAGAAGCAAAAGUUAAUGAAUUACAUGCGGAAUUGGAGCGAAUUCACAAUCAAGACAUUUCUUCUGCGCAAUUGCAUCUUGCCAACGAUACCUUUGAUAAAUUUACUCUGAUGUGGUCCAGAAUUGUUAGCAAAGUAUCUGACACGUUAAAUUCGUUAUCUACGCAAAGUAAUUUAGCUGGAACUGAAAGCGAAGAUGAAAUAGAACGAAUAGUCAACACAUUAAAUGAAUUUUUUGAAAAAGCUGAACACGUGGUAUCAAACUGUGCUCAGAUACCUACUGCUGAACGUCAGGAACGUGUGGCAAAAUUACAAAAUCAACUUCUCGAGCAGGAUAAAAAUAUCAAAUUCUUGCAAGCAACUCAUUCCAACAAGGAACAAGUUGAAAGUUUGAAAAAACGCUUUUGGAAUUUGAACAAAUCAGUGAAUGAGUUAGCAGCAGGAAAAGAUGCAAUCAUUGGACGUUUUGAAGGUUACCUUCGUACUACUUUUCCAUGUGCUGGCGAUAUCGAGUCAUUUGUCAGUGAAUUGGAACGUUAUGAUAAUUUGCUCAGAGAACUUGAAAAUUGUCAGUUAGAGAACGAAAAAAUUGAGCAAUUAAAAAAGUUGGGAAGUGCAAAACGUGAAAGUUUAGCGGAUUACUUAGAAAGAAGUCGUCGAAAUGACAUAAAGGCAGCCGAAUCUGAAAAAUUGCUUUCCACAUUGACAGAUCGCUUUGCGAAUUUGAAAACUGCCAAACUUGAAGUUCCUGAACUUUACAAACAUUUUGUGGAAUUGCAAAAUGAUAUUCAAAAAAGUUUAGCGGUACAGAAAGAGUCAUUAAUUCUAAAUGAAGAAAUAAUGUCAAUAGCACUGAGUAGUUCAGCUUCUAAUCGUGAACGAAUAUUCCAAAAGUUGAAAACUCGUAUGCAGAUAACUUCUGCAGGCUGGAGCACUUUAGAAGAUGAUAUCGACGAAAGUAUGGCAUUACUGGAAAAAGAAUGCAAACGUCUUCAACAGAGUGCCAUUCGAGAAUUCCAGCAAAAUAUUGAGGAGCUACGAUGUAGCAUUAAAGAAAGUCGUGAUGCUACUGAUGCUGAAGAGUUUAGCGAGCAUCUGGAUAAUUUGGAACGUUUAUGUGAAGCUGUGCAAACGGCUGACAAGAAUUUAAUUAAUUUGUCAAAUCUAAACGAGCGGUUAACUGCAAAUUUAGAGAACAUUUGUGAAGAACGCGACAAACUUUUGAUUGAAGCAAAGAAUCGUAUUGAUGAACUUCAAACAGCUAUACGGAACUGCGAACAAUUUGAUAGCUCUUUAACGGAAUGCCAAGCGUGGUGUAAUCACGUACAAUUAAUACUGUCUUGUCGAGCAGCGAACGAUGUUUCUGCUUUAGAUGUGCCUCAUGAAUACAAGAAUGCUUUUGCCAGCGGAACGCUUAUUUCGCAACUUCAAAAAGAAUUUGAUGACUUUGAGCAUUGCAUACGAAAUUUGCGAGAGUUCGUGAUAAAAAAUACCAGUGAUUGGGGUUCACCAAAUCGUUUACAACUACAGUUAGAUCAUAUCACUGUAGCUCACUUGAAUAGUAAAUUAGUGGUUGACCUGAACUUGUAG